AUGCCCCUGGCUUACACAGUCUUCGUGCGGCUGCCCUUUCCCCGGGGGGACUUCAUCGAUCCUCCGCCAGCCAACUGGGAUGCCGUCAAGGAUCGUGCACUGUGGGGAAUUCUUUCGCGGCCAUCCAAGGGCGACGACAUAGACUGGAAAGCGAUCGCCGACGAUUUUAAUGUCACCCUCUCGUUCCUCCUCCAGCAAGCCGCCUGGCUUUACGAUCGACAGCUAUCCCAGGUUCGAGCACAGAUGCGCAAAGUAGGCAACACACAAUCGCAGUUCCCUCCACCAGCGCCAGGGCUGGGUUCUGUGUCCGGAAGUGGUGCGUUGGGCGGACAAACUAUGAGGAGAGCGGGCAGUGGCGGAUCUCGUGUGCCGCCGAGAUUGUCGGCUAUUCAAAAAGAAACCCAACCGUCACGCACAGAGAGCAAUUCCUCGACUACAGUGCCCAGAGUCAAGGGCCCCGUUCGAACAAGUUCUGCAACAACCGUUACCCAAGCAGUUGAAACGACGGAAACGAACACAUUGGCCGGCCGAGCGCUGCCACGACGGGAAAGACCGAGCUUGGCUAUCCUACAGAAACCGCCCAAAGCAGCUGAGAAAAGCCCGUCGUUAUCACCUAACUCGGACUCGGAGUCUGACUCUUCCUUGGAUAAUGACGACGACGACGACGACGACGAUAAUAUGUUGACAAGUCGAGCAAUGCCGGGCGGAGUGCGUCGAUUUGGCAAGUUUUCAAUGCACAAGCCAAGCUUAAGGGGCGAGGCGGACGAUGACGAUGACGACUCACCUGCGUUCCUCCCUCUACCACGGGAAAUCGAGUCUGACGCUCAACGAAUGAACUCUACGCUUCGUCAACAAGAUGAUGUCCCUGAAACAUCGCGCAGACGGAUAACAGGCUACACUCCUUCACAUCGACGCGAGUUGGUCAGCCUCGAUAGCUCUGCGAGUUCCGGGGUUGCUAUAGCCAGUCCGCGGGCCGGACCUCAACGGCCACCAGAGCCACUCAGUCCACGCCGAGUUGCGAGCCUGUCCCGGGAGAGUUCGCGACGACAUGGAUCUGCGAAUCAAAGCAGCGAAGAGACGCCGAGCAUGGGCAGUAGUUUUAGCGAUUUGGACGAUGCCAGCGUCACACAGUCUGCGCUGGAAGAGGCGCUCAUGAGCAACAUGCAGCACGGAGGGGUGGCAAGCCGAAUGAGCACGAUCAGCCAGGCUCUUCGCAGCCGGUAUUUGUGA